GUGACCCGCUGUUUACGUGCUCCGUUGGAAACUCUUGGGCAUCUUCCUGUUUCUUUCGCGUUGUGCUGAUUGCGGAAUUUUUCUGACUGUUUCCGCCUGGAGAUGAUCAGUCCUAUUACUUCCUGAGGAACUAACUCUUCCUUGUUGAAUCUCAUGAAGUCCGUGCUAAUUCAAUGCCUGACAGAAGUUGUGGUGGAAGAAGAAGCGCACAACAAUGCUGGUGAAUUCAACUCUAGCGUUUGUGAUCACUCUGCUUGGACUAUCAAGGACCUCAGAGGCAGCCAUAGCUGCUUCUAAAAGAGAGGGUGAUCACUGGGGUAAGAAUCAAGACAGGGUUUCAGAGGUACCACAACAGAAACUAGAACAGUUGGAACCCCUGUUGCUGUCCUCCAAGCAAUGCAACAUCCCUCCAGACAGCCGCUUUGAUUGUGCCCCAGAGAAGCUUCUCUCUCAAGAUGAAUGUCAAGCUCGGGGAUGUUGUUACGUCCCUGUCUCUUCCAAGGAGCCAUGGUGUUUCUUUCCUACCAAUUACUCUAGUUACAAGAUAACAAACCUAACUGCCACCCAGACUGGCUACACUGCCCACUUGAUCCGCAGGGUCCCUUCUUUCAUGCCAGAUGACAUCAUGAAUGUGCAGCUGGAUGUGAUCUUUGAGACCAAGGGGAGGCUUCACUUCACUCUUAAGGAUCCAGCUAGGAAACGCUACGAAGUUCCUUUAGAAACCCCCAAGACCACCAGUAAGGAAUCCUCGACUCUCUAUUCUGUGCAGUUCUCUGCUGAUCCCUUUGGCCUCAUUGUUUUUCGACAAUCCAAUGGCCAAGUUCUGCUGAAUACUACUGUGGCUCCUCUGUUCUGUGCUGACCAGUUCCUUCAGAUCUCCACUGCUCUGCCAUCAAGUUUCAUCUCCGGACUGGGUGAACAUCUGACCCCUCUUACUCUGAGUGUCAAUUGGACCAAAAUUACUUUGUGGAAUCGGGACAUAUCACCUGUGCCCUCUGCCAAUUUGUAUGGUUCCCACCCCUUCUACGUGGUUUUAGAAAAGGGUGGUUUGGCCCACGGAGUCUUCUUACUGAACAGCAAUGCUAUGGAUGUGUUACUGCAGCCCAGUCCAGCUCUGACAUGGAGAACUACUGGGGGUAUCUUGGAUUUCUAUGUCUUCUUGGGCCCAGAUCCAAGCAGUGUGGUGCGCCAGUACAUGGAUGUUAUUGGCUACCCAUUCAUGCCUCCUUACUGGGCUCUCGGAUUCCAUCUCUGUCGCUGGGGAUACACUUCCACUGCUAUUACACGGGAAGUGGUGAAAAACAUGACUACAGCUCUUUUUCCCCUGGACGUACAAUGGAAUGACCUGGAUUAUAUGGACGCUAAGCGAGAUUUCACUUUCAACAAGGAUGGUUUCAGGGACAUGCCAGACAUGGUGAAUGAUUUCCAUCAUGAUGGUCGGAGGUAUGUCAUGAUUGUGGAUCCAGGGAUCAGCAGCACCAGCCCCCCUGGGAGUUAUAGGCCCUAUGAUGAAGGCCUGAAGCGGGGGGUCUUCAUCGUUAAUGCAACAGGACAACCUUUGAUUGGAAGGGUUUGGCCUGGGCCUACUGUCUUCCCUGAUUUCACCAACCCAGAGACUCACCUGUGGUGGUAUGACAUGGUCAAGGAUUUCCAUGACAAAGUGCCCUUUGAUGGCAUGUGGAUAGACAUGAAUGAGCCAUCAAAUUUUGUGGAUGGUUCCUUGGAAGAUUGUCCAAACAACAAGCUUGAAAACCCCCCAUAUGUACCAGGAAUGCUGGGUGGAACCUUGAAGGCAAAAACCCUCUGUGCCUCCAGUAGGCAGUACCUGUCUUCCCACUAUAACUUGCACAGCCUUUAUGGGUUGACUGAAGCCAUUGCAACACACGAUGCUUUGGUGAAAGUGCGAGGAAAGCGUCCAUUUGUGAUCUCACGUUCUACCUUUGCCAGCCAUGGACACUAUGCCGGCCAUUGGACUGGGGAUGUCAUAAGCGUUUGGGAGCAUUUAUACUACAGUAUACCAGCAAUGCUGCUCUUCAAUCUCUAUGGAGUGCCAUUGGUCGGGGCUGACAUCUGUGGGUUUCUGAACAGCACAACGGAAGAGCUGUGUGUACGCUGGACCCAACUGGGCGCAUUCUACCCUUUCAUGCGAAACCACAAUGACCGGGGAAGUAAGUCUCAAGAGCCAUAUGCCUUCAGCCCAGAAGCCCAAGAAGCCAUGAGGAAAGCCUUUUCCCUGCGCUACUCCCUGUUGCCCUAUCUUUACACCCUGUUCCACAAGGCCCACUCUGCAGGCGAGACAGUAGCCCGUCCUCUUUAUUUUGAGUUCCCACAAGACACAUAUACGUGGACCAUUGAUAGGCAGUUCAUGUGGGGAGCUGGGCUCCUCAUUACUCCUGUGUUAGAAGAAGGGAUAAGAAAAAUGCCUGGCUAUUUUCCUUUGGGGACAUGGUAUGAUAUCCUCACGGGAUCUGUCAUCCACAGCAAGGGCCAGUGGAUUCUCCUACCAGCUCCACUUGACACGAUCAAUGUCCAUAUCCGUGGAGGUCACAUUCUUCCUUUGCAGGAGCCUGCUCUCACAACCACAGAGUCCCGUUCAAAUGGAAUGACUCUCAUCGUGGCUUUGACACUGGAAGGGGUGGCCAGAGGCGAUUUGUUCUGGGAUGACGGUGAAGGGCUGCAGACCUUUGAGAAGGGUGAUUACACACAGAUCUUCUUUCUGGCAAGAAAUGGUGUGCUAGCGAAUGAGAUUAUGCGACUUAGCGGCCACAUAGACGGGCUCCUUCUGAUACAGGUGCUAGCGUUAGGUGUUCCCAGCCCUCCCCGGCGGGUCCUAGCAAAUGAUAUCCCCAUCUUGGAUUUUUCUUACCGAACUGACACCAAGGUCCUUACUAUUCCGCUCUCUCUGCUGAUGGGGGAGGAAUUUGUCAUCACUUGGUCUUGAGAAGCAAAAACAGACAGACAACAAUCUGAAUGAAAGAUAAACAUCUCUGAAAUAUAAAUGGAGGAAAAAAAAUUUGACGAACAAGAUCCUUUGCUCCAGUGUUCUAGUAGGAUCAUUAGGUCCUGCAGGAGAUCUCCCAUAUUCCUUUAUCCAUGCUGGAUAUGUAACAAAAUUUAGGUCGAGUUGGAUGCUACCGGCUUUCAUGACAAGAUUCCCUAGUGGUUUGAAUGAUUGCAAUUUUUCAAAUGUCACCUCUCCCCUCUUAGAGGAGAAUAAAUAAUUUCUGUUAAGGGUGUUGCCAGGAUUCCAAUAAUAUUUCCCAGAAAUGCACAGGGAGUUGGAGUAGACUAGUUGAUCUUCAAGUGCCAUUGGUUAUAUUCUGUAAUUUCAUAAAAUUAGGGAUGGGGGAAAGAAAAAAUGAAAGUACCAAAUGUCCAAACCAAUGUACUGAUUACAUGUUACUGGAUGAAUACAAUAAUUUGACAAACAUGUCUAUGCACUAGUGCUUUAUACAGUUAUAUAAAACCACUUGUAAUAGUUCCUUGAUCCAGACAUUUUGACCCAAGUUUUCCUCAGUGUCAUACUGAUGUUCUCGUGGCAGCCUUAGGGGAGAAUGCUUAUGCAGCUCUUUCUCUUGACAAUAGAUUGCUUCCCAGUUGUAAUCUUUUAUUGAGGGAAUGGCUUAGUUCUCCAUGAGAAAAAUGAGUUGCUCCAAGGCCAGGCUUCUUUGAAGCCUCUUCUCUAUUCAAAUUAGGUAAAUUAGUGACUUGCCUGAAUAGAGAAAUCCAGGAAUAGAGUAGUUUCCACUUUUUCUUUUGCUUGAUUCCUUGCUGGCCCACGCUUCUCUUUCACUUCUACAGGCCUUCCUUCUUACUUUCUAUACAGCUGGAAGCACUGAGUCUAGAAAUAUUUCUGGAAAUGAGGCUUAUUCCAACUGAGGUUGGUGUUCUCUCUAUACUAUAUUUAUCUGCAUAAUUGAGAGUUGCUUCCUGUUCAAAAUCAUACAAAGAUGUCUAAUGUUGGAGUUAGACAAAAUGUUGAAAUGAUAUAACGUGGGAUGCCCUAUAGUGUUACAAAGAUUUACAGUACAGAAUUUUUAUCAGAUGAUUAUAUUAAGGAAAAAAAAUCUUAAGAGUUCAUUGGUUUGACAAUUCGGUAUGUUUUAUAUAUUUGCUUUAAAGCAAGCAGUGUGUUUUUGGCACCGAUUAAAAGAGUUUGUAUACUUCAGAAACUGCUCCUAAUUUCUUCUUUCCAUUGGACAUGGAAUAGGAAAGUCAAGGAAAAGUUGAAAUUGUCGAAAUGGAUAUGAUGUAUGCUAUUUUGGAUGUCCUAAGAAUAAAGGAAUGUUUAUGAACCAGAAUGGGCCAAUUUAAUUCAGACAAUUAGAUGGUUUGUGGCUCAGUUCAUAAAAUGGACCUGCUGUGUGUGAGGACAUAUUUAAGGACAUAUUUUAGUACCUGCUCAGUUACAAUAAAAUAAGAGACAAAAUCAUAUCACAAUUAAUGGCUAUCAAGUAAAUAUCAAUAAUGGACAACAGUGGAAUCAAAUAGAUUACAAAACAGGAAACAAAAGAUGGAGAAGUACUAUCCAACUGGCUAUGAGUUUCCAGAUUUGUAUUGUAGAACAUACCAUGAAUUGCUGGUUUCAAUUAUUCAGGUAAAACAUAGAACAUUAAAGAGAAAGGUGUGUCAAAAAAUAGGCUAUUGAGAAUAUAUAUUGAUCUUAUAGUCUGACUGUAACAGCUUUGAUGUGUCUAAUUUGUACAAAAAAGACUAUGAAUUGCUAUGAGAAGAGACAAGAGACAUUGCAAAAACUGAAUAGAUAUUGAAUAACUGAAGCAAAAAAAAUCCCAACAUUUCAAAGAGGAAAAAAAAAACCUCAAGUGGCUUUCAGAACAAUCAGUUGUUAGAGCCAGGCAAAAAAUGAAGGAUGGAAUGGUUGGGCAGCUAGAAGAACAUAAUAGUGACUGAAGACAGACUUCCAAGGUCAAGCAAGCAAGAAUUUAAAAAAAGGUUUUAUUCUCAAGAACGUCAUCAGAAGAAUAAAUGUAAAAAGAAAAUGUAAAAAGAAGAGUACUUAAGAUGUAGGUCUUCCCCAAUGGGGAAGUGAGAUUAGAGUGGAACAGAGUAUGUUAGUGGCAUUGGGGGAACGUGCCAAUUUUUUAUGUUUUUGAGUUAUUGGUUUUAUUGUUUCUUGUUUUUAUUAUGUAUAUGUUGCUUUAUUCUUGACUGGAAACUGCCCAGAUAGCAAGCUAUGCAAAAGUUUUAAAUAAAUAAAUAAACAUUACAAC